GCUGACGUGGGAGCUACGUGAGCGAAGGCAAGGCGCAGCCAGUCCACCCAUACUGUCAUUAGUGACGAGUCAGACUACGUAAAAACUUCGUUUGAGCUCCGCGUGUUAAGAACCGUGCGUACACCCAGGCGACCAUGGAUACGUCAGAAUCAUCUCAGCUGGAGAGCAGUUUGAAUGACUCGGUGACGGACGGAGAGGAGAACCCGAGUGAAGCCGGUCUCUCCACGCAGGUGUUGAUAGAUGGAGAUCCUUCGGCUGUGACCGCUUCGGUCCAASGGGUCAUCCAGGCCCCUCAGACCUCCGUCAUUCAGUCACCACAGGUGCAGGCUGUUCAGAUCGCCGCGGCGGCCGAGCCGGAGGACGACGAGCCCGCCCCCGACACCCAGAAGAGGCGUGAGAUUCUCUCCAGGCGUCCGUCAUAUCGGAGGAUCUUUAACGAGCUGUCGUCAGACACGAACACCGUGCCGAAGAUCGAGGAGGAGGGAGCUGAAGACGUGCUGGACUCCAGCAGCCCMUCGGCUCUAGUGCCAAACUCCAUCUACCAGACCAGCUCAGGCCAAUACAUCGCUCUGGCUCAGGGCAGAGCCAUCCCUCUGACCGGUCCUGCAGUAGAGGUCCUUCAAGGGGCUCAGGCCCUGACGGUGACCAGCUCGCCCACCCCUCAGCCCGGAGCCGCCGUCCUGCAGGCUGGAGAAAGCCCAUCCCAGUUCUACAUCCAGGGAGGACAGGUCCUGAUCCAAGCCGCCACCGGAGACAUCCCCGCCUACCAGCUGCGCUCGCCCAACUCGGGCCUCGCUCAGAGCAUCGUGAUGGCAGCGUCCCCCAGCAGCAUGCAGAACCCGACGUCGCAUCACGCCGAGGAAAUCACCCGCAAGAGGGAGGUCCGGCUGAUGAAGAACAGGGAGGCAGCGCGCGAGUGUCGCAGGAAAAAGAAAGAGUAYGUGAAAUGUCUGGAAAACCGCGUGGCCGUGUUGGAAAACCAAAACAAGACGCUGAUUGAAGAGCUGAAAGCGCUGAAGGACAUUUACUGCCACAAACCUGAGUAGCAGCGGACGGUUGUGGCCACAAACUAAAGACAGAUUAUAGACUGCUACAGCAAAUCAAAAAAACAUAAAAAAAAACCAGACUUCAGAACAAAAACUGCUUUAAACGUCUUUGUUUCUUUGCUCGCUCAGGCCUGAUUUAAAGCCAAACGCAGAGGCGUGGAGGAUUCAGACAGCUGGAGCUGCCAGUUUUGCUCUUGUUCUUAUCCUGUGCUGUUUGCAUGUGAAGUGUCGUGAGCGCGGUGCGGCGAGGCCAGCCAGUGACCGCCAUCUGAAGAAGAGCAGGAGGAGGAACAGGAAGAGGAGGCGCAGGUGCUUCCUGAAAACGUCGGACUUCAGAGGUGAUAAAAGCUGCAGGAAGCGAGCCGGUCAGACGAGGCGCACAGAUCCAUCACCAGCUGCAACUCUACGUGUUCAAGUCGCCGUGUCGUGUGCAGAUAAAGCUUCUGGUUCAGGUUGUUGCAUUUCAUCGUCUGAAAGCACAAAAGAAAAACAUCAUCAAGCAUCUUUUCAGUGAAGCAAUGUUUUUGUUUUGGUUCAAAUGAGAAGAUUAAAAAAGAGAGAAAUUAAAGAAAAAAAUCCUCAAAGAAACUUUUUUUUGUUUAGGUGAUCAGACCCAGAAGGUUUCAGGCCAACAUAAAGAGCAUCAUUUCUAUUAAAGUUUUAUCAGUAAACAAUAUAUUUUUCUCCACAGAAGUGAAAUUAUUACGAGCUGCUCUUUAGUCAAAGCACACAAGAACACAACUGUUUGAAUAUUAAAAUUAAAUCAUAAAUCUAAUAUAUAUAUUUUGUGACAAAUUACUUAAUUAAAUAAUAAAAUAGUCUAAAUUAAUAGAUAUUUUUCUGUCCUGCAGUCACUUUUCUUUGUUUUAAUUCAACCCCGGGUUUAAAAAGGUGAAUGAAAACAGAAAACUGUAUUUGGUCUGAAUAAAAAUACUCUGUUUAAAGGGUAAUGCCAGUUUCUUAACUCUGUUUUUGUAAAGACAUUUUAUUUUAAACUUUAGGUUUUGUCUGAUAUUUAAAACAGCUUCCUGCUGAUGUCGUAGUUGUGUUUAUUCCAGUGAUUAACAUUUUAUUUUGUAUUUAUCACUUUUUAACAGUUGAGUUCACUUGUUGUUUGCAUUCUGAAUAUUUAUCAGCCAAAUAAGGCGUUGUGGUUUAUACUUUCACAGGAUUGGCCGGAUCAUUUGAACUGUAGAAUGAAAUAAAAAUUAUCUUUAUUAUCAAGCAUCUUUUUUUUUCCUGCUUAAAAUAACUCCAUCUUCUUUAUGUUCUCUUGUUUGAAUUGUACAUUUACUUAUGUUUGUCUAAUAAAAUUUUAAAUAUGUGAAA